UUCAUGUUGUCCUUGACAGUUUGAGCUGCCUGGGCUGCACUCUGGUGGAGCCAUCAUGGAGAGAGCUGUGGUGCAAGUCACGCUUUUUGGGCUGCUGCUGGUUUUGGCUAGCACACUACCAAACAAGGACAACUGGAACAUCUACAGCUUUCACAUCAACUCCACAGUGACCAGUCGUUAUGCAACCACGGUCGUCACAAGCCGCGUGGCCAAUCGCAUGGACGACUCAAAGGAAAUAGAGUUCCAGGUCCGGAUUCCCAAGAACGCCUUCAUCAGUAAAUUCAGAAUGUUUAUAGAUGGCCAAUGGUACGAUGGUGUUGUGAAAGGUAAAGAGAAAGCUCAGCAGCAGUACACUGAGGCUGUGUCCCGUGGCCAAAGCGCUGGGCUUGUCAGUUCUGUAGGGAGGACCCUCGAGGAAUUUAAGACCUCUGUGACUGUGGCUGCCCACAAAAAGGUCACCUUUGAACUCACAUAUGAGGAGCUGCUGAAACGCAAGCUUGGCAAGUACGAGCUGCAAAUCCACGCUCGACCCAUGCAGCCUGUCAAAGACUUCAAGGUCGAUGUGUACAUUAAUGAGAAAGCUGGCAUCAAUUUCAUCGAGGUUAAAGGAGGACUAAGCACCAAAGCCCUGGCUAAUGCCAUUACCAGAACGCAUGCAGACAAACAGGCGUGGGUGUAUUUCUACCCAACAGAGGACCAACAGAAAACAUGUGAUGGCUGUGGAGAGCAGGGUAUGAAUGGAGAUCUGGUUAUUGUUUAUGACGUCAACAGGGACACCUCAAUUGGAGACAUCAAGACAUCAGCUGGAUACUUUGUUCAUCACUUUGCUCCAUCUAGUCUUUCCCGCAUACCAAAAAAUGUUGUCUUCGUUAUUGAUCAAAGUGGCUCAAUGAGGGGCAAAAAAAUGCAACAGACCCGAAUAGCAUUAAUCCACAUCUUGAACGACCUGGCAGAGGAUGACCACUUUGGUCUUAUCACUUUUGAUAGCAACAUUUUUCACUGGAAACAAGAACUUGUUCAGGCCAGCAAGGAAAACCUGGAGAGUGCUAAGACAUUUGCACUGAAUAUUAUUGAGAGAGGAGCCACAGACAUUAACGCAGCAGUGUUGGAAGGAGCACGUAUGCUGAAUGCACAUCCCAGAGAAGGUUCAGCGUCUAUCGUCAUACUUCUCACCGAUGGAGACCCAACCUCAGGGGAGACAAAUCUUGAACGAAUACAAUCAAAUGUCAGAAGGGAUAUUGCAGACAAGUUCCCACUCUAUUGUCUUGGUUUUGGUUAUGAUGUCAAUUUUGAGUUCCUUGAGAAGAUGUCGCUGCAGAACAAUGGUGUGGCACGACGGAUUUACGAAGACUCUGACGCUGAUUUACAGCUCAAGGGUUUCUAUGAAGAGGUGGCCACUCCUCUGUUGACAGAUGUGACAAUGAUCUAUAAUGGAGGGACCAAUCUAACCCAGACUAACUUCAGCCAGUAUUAUAAUGGCUCUGAGAUUGUGGUGGCUGGUCAGAUCACUGACAACGACAUUGAAACCUUCACUCCACAAGUUGUAGCCAUUUCGAGGGAUAGAAGAGUGACAUAUUCUAACACAAACGCCACCGUGGAGUACACUGGCACAGAUUUUGACAGCCACGUCCAGAGAGUUUGGGCCUACAUCACAGUCAAACAGCUUCUGGAGAAAGAGCUGCUGUUUUCUGGACCUGAGAAGGAGAACGUGAAGAAAGAGGCCUUGGAGCUGUCGCUGAAGUACAGCUUUGUAACCCCACUUACAUCCAUGGUGGUCACCAAGCCUCUGGGGGAGAAAACAGAUGUGCUCCAUAAACCUAAGGAAGGUGGACCAACACAGGCACGGCCAUCUCAUGUAGGGCAUCAACCGUCUUUGACACAAAAUACUAUGGCGAUUCGGGGAUACGGCGGUUCCUUUACUCCACAAAUGUUUUUUCCAGGUGGUUGGCCUAUGCCAAUGGACAUAGCACAACCUAUACCAGCUUUAACACCACAACAUAUACCAGCGAGGCGUCGUUCUCAAGGUGUUAGUAGUGGUGGUCUCUCCGGAGCAUUCCUUAAAAACCCACCGACCAACAGUUAUCAAUUUGUUUCCAUAGUAGCUUCACCAGUUCCUCUUUCCCACAGGUUUCUGCUAAAAACUGAGAAUCUGUCUCUUCCACUCUGCUUUGAUGUCACUGGAGAUGUUCGCCUUAAACUACUUCACCAUCGCAACAGGGAGCUGUCUGUGAAUGGUGAGCUUGAUACAGUAACGAAUGGAGGCUUCAGAAGGAUUGUCAUCCACUUCAAGACUGACCUUUAUGUUGAGGUUGACACCAAUGUCAUCACUGUACGAGAGGGACAGACACUGACACGCCACACUGGACAGGAUCUCAUCACAGCUGGAAGUUUGACAGUGAUUAGGCGGAACAAGGAAAUAGAUGUUGCAGCUGGAGACACACGCAUGGUCAUCUAUAUUCAUGAGAAGGAUGGCGUGGAAUUCCUCUGGCCGGUUUUGAGACAGCAGCCACUGGACAACAACGUUACAGGAAUCAUAGCUCUAAAGCCAGCAGUUUAUGAGGAGGUGCAACAAACUCCCUCAACAAAACUUAAGAUCAAAGACCAGGAGAUUGACGUUACCAGGUCCAAUGCUUUUGACUACAGUAUAGUCUCUCCACCGACACUGGACUGCUGGCUCAUGUCUGCGGCGUCUGUCCUGCAGAGACGCCUGGAUGAUUUCAUCGUUACUCAACUUUAACUGGGAAUUAUGUUGAAUCACUUGCAAAGAUUUCAUUUUAAAGAAAAAAAUGCAAACACUGAUUCAUCUUGGAACAAACCUUCCACCUGGUACUAACAAAUAAAUAGUAUUCCCGAU